UCACAGCUGAUUAGAUGAUCCGAUGGUGACUGAUGACCGUAAUCAUAGUGGCAUGAUUGGGAUUAAAAUUACAGAUCUCAAUUAAUAUACAGUUCAAUGAAAGAUUGUGAAAUCUCGUAGAAAGUAUAAAAUAUUUAACGGUUAAAAUGUUUCCGGCUUACGCACAUUUGUCUGCUUACGACAGACACAAGAAGCUCAUAAAUGAUUAUUUGACAUUUUAUGGAAAAUCUGUGUCGUUAUCGAAGCGCGAUACGUCCCGUGACAAAACUGACUAUGAUGUCAUCAGAGAGAAUCACAAGUUUCUCUGGGAUCAAGAAAAGGAUAUUCCAGAAACAUGGGGUGCAAAAUUAGCUAAAAAAUAUUAUGACAAAUUAUUCAAGGAGUAUUGCAUAUGUAAUCUUACAUAUUAUAAAUAUAAUAAGGUUGCUCUAAGAUGGAGAACUGAGAAGGAAGUAAUAACUGGAAAAGGACAAUUUGAAUGUGGUAGUAAAAUGUGCAAUGAGAAGGAAAAUCUGCGUUCUUGGGAACUUAAUUUUGGUUACAUAGAACAUGGCGAAAAAAAGAAUGCUUUAGUAAAAUUAAGGCUUUGUCCAAAAUGUUCGAUAAAACUUAAUUAUCGAUCGCAAAAGCGUGAGGUGAAAAGGAAAAAAUCUUUGAAACGUUUAGGUACAAAUCCAGAAAGUAAUAAUGAUACAUCCAUUGUAUCUGAUAAUCGAGAGUCGGAUAAUAAAGUAGAGACAAAUCUUAGUCCAGCUGUGGCACAAACUAAUAUCGAAAACACUGAUACAGACGAGUCUAAUAUUUGGAAAGAAAAGCCAGCACAAGACAUGGAAAAAACGAGAGAAAAAGAAUUUGAAGAGUAUUUGGCAGAUUUGCUUAUGUGAAUAUAAUCGAAGCUUUAAUUAUAAUGCGACAUUUUAUUGUAAAUGAAUAUUGAAUAAAAUAAUCUUGUUAUGAUUGCGA